CAGUCAAUCCCAUGACAACUAAGACGCGACGCUAACGUAAAAGGAAAAAAAUGCAUACUGUUUUUAACAUACACCCCAUUCUAGCUGUCAGUUAAGUGUUUACGUUAUUCACUAAAUGGUUUUGUUUUAUUUUGAUAAAAUAAUUCACAUACAUGCGCUAGAAACUGAGGCCAAAGAGAAGUAACUUAAUGUAAAUCACACGGAAAGGCACGAUAGUCGCUCUGCUUUCCACCCGGAAGCACAGGUUAGCAGAAAGGAAGCUGUCCUCUUGUUCAAAAUGUGGACUGAUGGCGCUCGUUGUGUUCCCAACUCAGUCGCUUACAAGAAGUCCUCGCUAAGCGUUUAGAGCUUUAAAAGAGCCUGUUUGCAUUGCUUUCUUUGUGGCAGCAUUUCAUAAGGAAACGGAGACAUGGAGUUUCUCCCUGUCCUUGAUCCUCUAGAUAAACCCCAAGAAGGAAUAUGGUAUUCUUUGAGAACCAGGGGGAGUGCUCCAGGUGUUAGUGUGGGUCACACCUGCAUGUUCACUCCAUCUGAAGAUGGAGGAAAAGGAAGACUCAUUAUUGUUGGAGGGGCCAAUCCCAGUGGCAGUUUCUCAGAUUCCCACAUCAUGAAUCUAGAUAAUUAUGAAUGGGACAGUGCAGAGUGGGAAGGAUUGAAGGCAAGGUAUGAACACUGCAGCUUUGUGCCAGAGAGCUGCCCCCAGAGCCUGUGGGUGUUUGCCGGUGCACGGCAGACUGGAAAUCGCAACUGUAUCCAGAAUCUACAGCUAGCAGACAAUAAGCCUCACUGGAAGACUGUUGUGACAAAUGGGGCACUCCCCAGUCCCAGGACAUACCACACCACCUCAGCCUGCCUAGGGAACAAACUUUUUGUGUUUUCUGGUGGGGAAAUAGGAGCUGCGCCUGUCUCAGACUCCAAACUUCAUGUUUUCGAUGCAGUGUCUUCUACUUGGUCCCAGCCUGAAACUCAAGGCAGAAAACCACCAGCCAGACUUGGCCACACCAUUGUAGCAGUGGAUUCAAAGAUCUACAUUCACGGGGGCAUGGCUGGAAACAAAUUCCACAAUGAUAUGUACUCUCUUGAUUCUGGGAGCUUGAAGUGGGAAAAAGUCCAGGCCAAAGGAGAUAUUCCACCAGGAGUAGCUGCCCACUCAGCUGUGGUGCUGGGCAAGAACAUUUACAUAUUUGGAGGGAUGACAGCAGAUGGAGCAAGCAACUCCAUGUACAGAUUUAACACUGAGAAAUGUAGAUGGAUCCUAAUGAAAUUCAAAGGAGCUAUGCCACCUAAACGCCUUGACCACUCAAUGUGCAUAUUUCCCUGGAUGGCACGUGAUGAGGAGCAUCAAGAGGGAGAGCAAGCCAACAGACCAGCACCGCCUGAGGCAAUACAGCUGUUGUUUGUAUUUGGAGGGAUGGAUACUCAGGGGGUCAUAUAUAAUGACUGCAUUGUGACUGUUGUAAAAUAAACUUUUUUCAAAAAUAAACAAACAAAAGAGAAAAGAAAAAUAAAUCAAUGAUC